AAUAUUCACGGAAAAGUGACGCCCCUCGUGAAAUAGCCAUAGGGGUGAGCCAAUCCCCAUCUCCCUCCCACAAUCUGCCAGUCCUUUUUAAGUAUUACUCCUACCAUUUUCAACUCCCACAAAGCAAAGUUACAGAAUUAAAUAGAGUCAGAGAACAAGAGAGGGUCCGUUAGAAUCGAACAAUCAUCAUGCCAUCAGGUGCCAAGAAGCGUAAAGCUGCCAAGAAAAAGAAGGAAUUGCAAGCAAAGGACCCUUCCUACUCUCAUGGAGAAGACCUAAAGCACGAUGGAUCCGAGAGCCUGAACAUAAAUAUUGAGCAAGUUGAACCCGGGAAAGAACCUCCUGAAAAAGGCUUACGGAGGAGUUCUAGUAGUAGUAGUAGCAGCAGCAGCCGCAGUAGCAGCAGUUCGGAUGAAAAACCUGCUGUUGUUGACAAGAAUUUCUCGGUUGAUAAUGCUCCACCUGGUGAAUUAGUGAAGGAACCUGAUUCUUUUGCUAAUGACCAAGUCGCUGAGAACCUUCCAGGAACAGAUGCUCGUAAAUCGAUCGUGGAAACAGCCUCUUUAUCUGAUCUAGAUAAGGCUUCCCUAUCAGAAGACGCAAUUCAAGUGACAACGGGUUCAUCUAAUACUGAUAAUGUGACGACAUCACAUACUGUGGAACCGGCAAUGAAGGGAAAUUUGGGUUUUGUGGAUGGAAAAGCCACGGUUUCAGAAGUUCUGCUGGAAUUAGAGAAAAGGAUUGAUGAAGCAAGUGAAACAUUGCAUGAUGGUGCUGUAGCAGCUUCAGAUGCAAAAGCCUUCGCGGUCAAAGAAGAUGAAGACAAACUAGAGCUGUCUUACAAUGCUCCUACAGUUGAUGUCACUGUUCAUCCAGAUAAUGUGAAAGAUACUCCCACUCGCGAAUGCUAUGAGCAUCAGCCGGUGGCUUUGGCUCCGCGACCAGUGCAAACAACUUCCUGGAAGAGUUGCUGUGGCUUAUUUGAGGUGUUUGCAGGAUCAAAUACAUAACUUCAGAAAGAAAGCAUGAAAUUGCUCGAGUCAAUAAUCAACAUUUGGUGGCAUCUGGUGGAUCAUGGAAGUUAUACAGUAGUCUUCUUCUUUUUCUUUGAAUUAUGGGCGACAACCGUAGCUACACAAUUAUAUAUUCAAUAAUCCUAGUUUUGUUUGAAAAGCAGCUAUGAACUCCUUGUCUCUGUCCUGCUUUCCUGGUAUUUAUGCAGUGCGUAGUUCUGUUUGUUUGUGAA